GUACUUCUUAUUUUAAUUCUUGUGAAUGUUCUAUGAUUUGACAUGACGUAGCAAAGCGAAGCAACUACCAUGAAAGGUAAAGCUCUCCACCGCGACGUUCAAUUGUUUUCGCUACAGAACCUCGUGCUAGUGCUGGAACGGUAAAAGAAAGAAAUCGCUAUAAAAAUGUUCGGCGGAGGUGCAGCACCCAUUCUGGUUUUAAGCCAAAAUACAAAGAGAGAUGCCGGACGAAAAGUUCAGCUGGAGAAUAUAGGAGCAGGGAAGGCAAUUGCUGAUGUGAUUCGAACGUGCCUUGGGCCGCAGGCCAUGUUAAAAAUGUUGAUGGAUCCAAUGGGUGGUAUAGUAAUGACGAAUGACGGAAACGCUAUACUACGUGAAAUUACUGUACAACAUCCAGCAGGAAAGUCAAUGAUAGAAAUAGCUCGAACUCAGGAUGAGGAGGUGGGUGAUGGUACUACUUCAGUAAUUGUCUUAGCCGGUGAAAUGUUAGCUGUCGCUGAACCUUUUCUGGAGCAGCAAAUGCAUCCCACAAUUAUAAUAAGGGCAUACCGUCAGGCGUUAGAAGAUGCUGUCACAUUGUUGCAAGAAAACUUCAGUCAACCAUUGGAUAUAAAUAAUCGUGAAAAGGUGUUAGAUGUUGUAAAGUCCUGUGUUGGAACUAAAUUUUUAAAUAAAUGGGCUGAACUGGCUUGUAAUAUUGCCCUUGAUGCUGUCAACAUUGUAACUUUGGAAGAAAAUGGUAGAAGGGAAAUUGAUAUCAAACGUUAUGCAAAAGUAGAGAAGAUACCAGGUGGCACCAUUGAAGAUUCUUGUGUCCUUCAAGGGGUAAUGAUAAACAAAGAUGUCACUCACCCAAAGAUGAGGCGUCACAUAAAAAAUCCCCGUAUCAUCCUCUUAGAUUGUGGUUUGGAAUACAAGAAAGGUGAAAGCCAGACUAAUGUUGAAAUCAUGAAUGAAGGAGACUUCACUCGUAUUUUGGAAAUGGAGGAAGAGUACAUUCAGAAAGUUUGUGCUGACAUUAUUGCUCUGAAACCUGAUGUAGUUUUCACAGAAAAGGGCAUAUCUGACCUUGCUCAGCAUUAUUUGUUGAAGGCUAACAUUUCUGCUCUUCGUCGAUUGCGGAAGACUGAUAACAAUCGUAUAGCAAGAGCAUGUGGUGCUACUGUUGUGAAUCGGACAGAUGAGUUAAAGGAGGAUGAUGUUGGCACUAAGGCUGGUCUAUUGGAAAUAAAGAAGAUUGGAGAUGAAUAUUUUUGCUUCAUAACAGAGUGUACAGAUCCUAAGGCCUGCACCAUUCUUUUGCGUGGUGCUAGUAAAGAUGUAUUGAAUGAAACCGAGCGUAAUCUGCAAGAUGCUUUGCACGUUGCUAGGAACAUCCUGUUGGAGCCCAGGUUACUCCCAGGAGGUGGUGCAGUUGAAAUGGCUGUUUCACAGGCAUUGACAGAGAAAGGCAAAACGGUGCAAGGAGUGGCACAAUGGCCUUACCGUGCUGUAGCUCAAGCUUUAGAAGUAAUUCCUCGCACACUUGCUCAGAAUUGUGGAGCUAACACUAUUAGAACCCUCACUGCUCUUCGUGCGAAACAUGCUACAGGAAACCAUUCUUGGGGAAUAAAUGGAGAAACUGGUGAAUUGGCUGACAUGACUGAAUUAGGUGUUUGGGAACCCCUCUCUGUCAAGUUGCAGACGUAUAAAACAGCAGUAGAGACUGCUAUUCUCCUGUUGCGUAUUGAUGACAUUGUAUCUGGGUCAAAGAAGAAGGAUAAAGCAGAACAGCAAAAUAUGAAUGCUGCGCCAACUGAAGAGUCUGUGAAAGAAUAAGAAAUUGGUGUAAUUGUUACCAUGUAUUCUGUAAGAUGAGGACUUACACUUAACAUACUUUAGAUUGACUUGAAUUAAUACUGUAACCUGUGUUGGAUCUGCUUCUAAAUUAAUUUAAUUGCACCUAUUCCAUUUGUUUUAAUCAUUUGUUCACUUUGUGAAGCUUGCUGUGAAUGAUAGGUAAAAAUAAUUAUUAAAUUGCUACACCAUCAUUCCAGAAUGAAUUCCUGCUACAUUACCACAAAUGAGAAAGGCAUUUAUAUCAUGUUUCUUUUCAUAAUAAAAGCAUAUUGACCUCAUAUUAUUAGUUUUAUUUUACCCAAUUCUUUUUUAACCAUACCACUGAAGAAAAGUUCUUAAUAAGAGAAUUUUUAAAUUAGUUAUCACUAUUGUAAUUCUUUAUAAAAGUUGUUCAGACCAUUUUUUAAAUUUAGGACAACCACAAUAAAUACUUCCAAAUACAUUCCUUUCGAAAACCUUGACAAAAUAACAAAUAAUUUUGUGGCAAAGAAGUAAAACUGAUGUGAGAUUCUCGAUACUCAAAGUAGAAUAAACCACAAAUGAAGCAUUCUGUCCAUGAAUUACAGCACAACCCCAAACGCAAAAAUCAUGACCUGUUUUACCAAGAGACAAAAAUUUCUAACAUUGCAGUUUUUUCAACAUCACAAUGUUAGAAGAAAACAAAAAUGCAAAAGGCUAGGAACCAAACCCAUUGGAAAUUGUUUAAAAUAUUGAAAAUAAAGCCUUAAGAGCUGAGUAGAUUAAAAGAAUAGUACAAUGUGAUCUCGUAAUAUAUAUCACUACAGAGUGAUAUGGGAAGUAAGAUUAUUUUUUUUAACAUAUUCAAAAUUAUAAAAUUAAAUUAUAAUUUGUUUUGGUAUAUUAGGAAAUUCAUGUUACUUGAAUAAAACUCAGCACUUUUCUUUUUCAGCACUUGCCUGAAAGCAAUUAGAAUACUAUACCAUGCAGCAAAAACUUCAUGUUCAUGAAAACACCAAUGUUUUUGGUGUAAGUAACUAAAAAUAUAUGCAACUUAAAACAAAAACAAUUAAGACUUCUUAACCAGCUUAAAACACUUAUUUGUAUAAAUCUGUAAUGAGAAUUAUUUUAUUAUUAAAUAUUUUAUAGCUAAACCUUUAUAAAUUUUAAUGUAUGUAUUAUAUUGUCAAUUUGUUUUUAAUGAUCUUAUAUCAUGUUUGCUUACAAAUCCCUUGUUACUUUCAUUAAGCAUUUUAACUUUCUUAUAUAAAAGGAGUAAUGUAUUUACAAUAAGAGAAAGUUAAGUUGUGCAGUGGAUAAUCAAUGUCAAGAUUUUAACUUUUAAUGGAAAUACAUCAUUUGGGGUCUUCAGAUACUACAAAGUCUUGUUUUUUUCAAAACGGCCAUCCACCUGCCUGCAUGGGGUCCUCUGAAGAAAAACUAUCAAUAAAGAAAUUAAAUAUUUUGCAGAAAACAUGGAAAAAGUAUAUUUAUGUUCAAUAAAUUUUAUUACAAUGAACAAAAAUAAACUAUUUUCCUUAGUAAAAUUAUUUUAUAAAGAGAGUUCUUUCAGAGGUGCUUCUAUAAAAAAUUAAAGAGUGUAUUGGCAUGGCAAAUAUUAAGAUUAAAUUUUAAAGAUUGGAAUAUACUUAAAAAAAUUAAAAUCUGUUUUUUCUGUAUUAUUGCUAUAUUUUCAUUUUGAAAUCAUUCCAAAAUAAAGAGAACUACAAGAAUUUCCUCAUGCAAAAAAAUGUUUUCAGAAUUGG